AUGCACCUCAUCACUCCCCAUUUUCCACUCAACCAAUUCCAAAUUCUCAACUUUCCUAACUUUAGCAACCAUCUAAGAAGUUCAGUCCCUUAAUUAUCUCUCACCUUGAAUUAGAAAAGCAUUCAAAGCUUUGAACCCAAUUUCACUGUUUGCACCUCAAACAUCUUAGAAGUCCCAAUUGAGUCUCAAUUCCACAACCAAAAAUGCAAAGUUCAAUUUCACAAUCUGAUAUUUUUAUCACUGAUUACCUUGUACCCCAAGAAGUUCCAUUUCAAUUUCAAUUUCAAGAUAUGAGCAAGAAUGACAACAACAUGCCAAUGAACCAUACCAAUAAUAACCUUCAAAUGCCUCAAAUCACAUCUUUCUCCAAGCCUCCAAGGUCCUCAUCAAAUCUAAGCAACCGCAAACCCUCCUUGAAAAACAUCACAAUCCCUUCCAUAACCUCUGGUCUUGCAACAGCUAUGUCACAAACAACAGCAACAACAACAACAAUAGCUACAACCAUGUAUAACAACAACCAAGUUUCUUCUUCUUCUUUUUCUUCAGAUGAAACCAACAAUACCAAAGACGACAAGCACUAUAGAGGGGUUAGAAGAAGGCCAUGGGGGAAGUAUGCUGCAGAAAUCCGUGACCCUAAUAGAAAAGGCUCAAGGGUGUGGCUUGGAACCUUUGACACAGCCAUAGAAGCUGCUAAGGCUUAUGACAAAGCUGCUUUCAAGAUGAGAGGGAGCAAAGCCAUAUUGAACUUCCCUUUGGAGAUUGGAUCAGAUCAGUCUAAAGAAGAGUCAUCAUCAUCAUCAUCAUCAGUUUCAAGCAGCAGCAUCGUCAUCAAGGUUGGUGUGAAGAGAGAAAGAGAGGAAGAGAGUGAAAGGAAGAACAACUAUGAGAAAAGUGAGUUUAACAACAAUAGUAAUAGUAAUAAGCAUGUGAAGAAAGAAGAGUGCCCUUUGACUCCAUCAUGUUGGAAAGGCUUUUGGGACACUGAUGUUAUGGGAACAAUCUUUAGUGUGCCUCCUUUGUCACCACUAUCUCCACUAAUGGUUGUUUGAGAUUUUGUGGAACUUUUGCUCUUUCAAUGAUGUUUUGAGGUAACCAAACUAAGGGGAGAGAGAGAGAUGAUGCUGGUGAUUGUCCUCUCUGAUUUAGGUUGCUAAUUUGCCUAAAUCAAAAUGGUAGUACUAAUUAAUCUACUAAUAGAUUAAUUUGCAAGUGAAUAUAUAUAUGGAUUUGUAUAAUGUAAAUAUAGGAUAGUACUAUGAAGCAAGAUCUUUUUGUUUGUUGAAAAAAAAAACAAAAAACCCAUGCUUAUCUUCUUCCUUUAGGUAAAAAAAUGUACUGUACUUGAAGCAAUAUUGAAAUUUGUUUAUUCGUUUAUUGGAGAAAAUAUGUUGUACAUUGGAAUUGCCGCAAUUGAAAGUUGAAAAUAGCUGGUGAGAUUA